AUGACCAAAAAGCGCUCGACUCCGGCCAAGUCGAUGCUGAACUCAUCGAUAGUUCUGAAAGAUGCGCCGUUGACAAGAGGAAGAAAGUUAGGAAUUUGCAAAUGCAAUUUUUUGAAACUUGUUCUCAUUCAGAAGAUGUGCGAUUGAGCCGCAAAAUGAUGAAUUGGUGGAGAUUCUUCCGGAAAAGAAAUUUUUUUACAAAAUUCCAGAGAGAUUGCACUUGAUCACUCGAAAAUUAAGAAGAGAUCCAAGAAGCUGACGAUAGUCAAUCCCCAACCGGAACCUGAAAAUUCUCCUGGAAAAGAGGAAGAAAAGCCGGAACACGUCGAGAAUUACGUGAAGAAUGAGGAGCCAGAGUUUGUGGUGGCCGGUCGAAAUGCUGUGAAAUCGCUCAAACACCACAUCGCAGCGAAGGCGAUGCAGUUGAGAAUCGAGACGGAGUUUGCGGACGACGAGGCGUGGAACAAGGAGUUUCUGGAGGCGCGCAACGCAAUCGUCGACGAGUUUCUGAACGCGUUGGAGGACGAAAUGAAUGCCGAAUAG